AUGAAUAACUCUACGGUGAACUUCACCACAGCUGGAGCAUCCACAACUUUAGACUUUGGGCUACUGGAGAGUCAAGGAAUGAGUAUAUUAUUGCUGGUCGGUCUUCCUAUACACUCCUAUAUUAUUUGGCUCAUCAUCACAGGAGCAGGAAGCGGAGUUGCAUCGGAGUUCUUCACCCUCAAUCUCUCUGUUUGUGAGAUUGGUAACAGCGUUAAUGCAAUCUUUGGGAUACUGUCAUAUUUCUAUUUACAUUUUAAAAUGUUAACACAGUUUUUGCAAGGACUGGGAGUCGCCGGGCGUCCUCUGUUUCAGUGUCUGAUCUGUGUCGAGCGUUACCUGGCGGUGGUUCAUCCUGUAACCUUUCUGAAGUACAAACCUCUCAGAUACAGAGUGAUCUGCAGCGCUGAGGCCUGGAUAAUUUGUCUUGGAUCCUGUUUAGUCAGCUUUUUUAGUUUAGUCUUGCUCGACAUGAAAGCAUACGUAUGGAUCCUCUCCCUGCACUUCCUCAUCUUCUUCUUCAUCCAGUUGUUUUGUCUCGUGGCUGUUCUCAGAGCUCUGAAGCAGUCAGGACCAGGAGAGAGAGGAAGAGAAAAAAAAGAGGAAAACCGCAUGAAGAGAAGAGCGUUUUAUCUUAUUCUGAUAACAACAAUGAACAUGAUUAUCCUGUACGUACCUUAUACUGUCACAGGAUUCUUCGUCAUUGUAACACAUCAGAAUAUUUUUGAUUUCUGGUCUCCUGCUUGUCUUUGUUAUGUACUGGCUGGUUUUGUGCAGCCUAUUUUUUAUUUACAACGGGCUGGAAAACUCUUCUGCCUCUGUUCAUCAUAA